AUGAAGCGUUUCCAGCACUAUCCAAGAGCCCUGCCGCCCAAGAGACCACGAUUGAACGGGUGUCUACAUCCCUUCAAGGGGAGCAUCCAAGAUUGCGUCGAGCCCGCCCUGGAAGACUCGCCAAAGGACAUUUUCAGAUUCAUGGAUCUCCCCGCUGAGCUCCGAAUCCGGGUAUAUGAAGAGCUUUUUGGACCGUUUCCCGAGCCUAUCUUCGUCAUAAAGUGGGGGAGGUCGCCGCACAAUGUACGAAAAUACGUCAAUGGAGUGUGUCUCCUGGCGACUUGUCGUAUGAUCAAUACGGAAGCAACACCAAUACUAUACAAGAAUACAAUAGGGGUAGACGCCUAUGUUUUCGACAUACAACACCUUUCGGGCUUCAAGUCUCGAUCCCUUAACUACAUCACGUCUCUAAAAGUCUAUGGAGAUUUAUUCUGUUUCAAGAGAACAGUGGUACCGCUCUUUCCCUUCCAGGAACUCGGGUCUCUUAAGAAAGUCGUUGUAGCUGUUGCUCCUCAUAAAUUAUAUAAUGAUUCCGGACCUCAGAUACAAGAGAUGAUGGUCAGAGCAGUCAGAAGACUGUUGCAGUCUCUGCCACGAAAUAUCGACCUCAGUUUCGAACUCGUAGAAAAUGUACAAAGCAGCCAGGUGGCAGAAUGCGUCCUUGACCUUGCCCCGUGGAAUGAGGAAAUCAAACUCGUCAAAGCAGAGCUCGAAGGGAGUUGA